AGCGACUUCGGGCUUUCCGUCCAUUUGUUGUCUUGUUUUUCACUCAGCCGUUUUGUAUUCUGUCAGAUAGAUAUUCGCAGCUCCAUAGCGCCUUAACGAAAUCCCUGACGGUUCCAGGCGUCGGGAGGGAUUCUGUGACAGGAGAGAGAGAGAGCGAGGAGGGAAUAGGGGAGGAAGAAGCGAGGGAAAGAGGGGGAGAGCGAGUUAAUUGCCAUGGCGAAGGCAGUAAUCACCUGACCAGGAGUCAGGACUUGGAGGGAGUUGGGGAGUUGGGGAGUAGAAGCCAAACGGUUAUAGAUUCCUGUCCCUGUUGUCCUAAAGGAGGACGGCAGUGAGUCAAGCAGAAAACGAAUACAAAGCGCCGCCAUCUGGUCACAGAAGGAGGAGGAGAGUAUACGAACGGGGUUUCUCCAAUGAAUUCCGUUUCCCUCCGCUCUCCAUAGCUCCCUAGCUCUCUACCUCCUUAGCUCUCUACCUCGCUAUCUCUCUACCUCCUUAGCUCUCUACCUCCUUAGCUCUCUACCUCCCUAUCUCUCUACCUCCUUAGCUCUCUACCUCCUUACUGACUCGUUCCCGGCUUAGUGUGAGCCUACUGGGCAUCUUCAGCGGGCUUACCUCUGAGACUUCUCAAAGCUUAGUGGAUGGAGAAGAUUUAGUGAAAACUUAUCAGAUUUGAUUGUGGUGGUACUUACUUAGUGGUUGUCAGGGGGGGUACGCUGGUUGAGGGGAGGGUUGUGGAGGAGUGAGGGGGUUGGGUGAGGACGAGUGAGGAACGGUGCAGCAUGGCAGUCCCCACUCUCAAUACGCCGUUCCAGCCGUAUGUAUACCAGAGCCCUCAAGCAGUGCUGACGCCGUUUCAGAUAUUGGGAGGGGAGGCGCAGAUUGUGCAGAUCAUACUCAAACCAGGGGAGAGAGUGCGAGCAGAGCCAGGCGCCAUGUGUUACAUGAGUGGUAACAUGAGUGCGGAGACAGCGAUGGAGGAGGGCAGCGUGUGGCGGUGGCUGUCAGGGGAGAGCUUCUUCACCAACACGUUUGUGAACCAGGGACCAGGCGAAGGGUACAUAGGACUCGCAACACCUACCAUGGCGAAAAUACUCCCGGUUGACUUGGCCGUGCAUGGGGGCGAAAUCAUAUGCCAGCGGGACGCGUAUCUCUGUUCGCUCAACGACGUCACUGUCACAGCAGAGCUGACUCGCAGGGCCCGAGUGGGGCUCUUCGCCAUGGAUGGUCUGUUCUACCAGAAGCUAAAAGGCAGAGGGCUUGCGUUCAUCUCUGGCGGAGGAUCAAUAGUGCAGAAGAACCUGGCAGCGGGCGAGGUGGUGGUGGUGGAUGCAGGCAGUGUGCUAGCGCUCACUCGCUCUGUUGACCUGGACGUGCGAUACGUGGGCUCAAUCAAGAAGGCGCUAUUUGGGGGCGAGGGCAUCUGCCACGCCUACCUCACAGGCCCUGGAGUGGUUUUCCUGCAGAGCCUGCCCUUCCAUAGGCUCGCACGCAGAGUGGAGAGGGCCAUAGCGAGCCCUCGGUUGCGCGAGGCGCCAGCGCUGUGGCUGCGGCUCAUGCUGUCGGUCCUUUUGCUGUCCAUGCUGCUGACCGCACUCACAUUCGCACAGAGCCAGCUCAACAUGCUGGAAUUCCGGCUCAACCUUCCAUGACAUGACAUGCCUACCCUUCACAUGCCAUGCCUUCUGCUGCUGAGUCGUUGCUAGACUGGGGCGUACCGACCUACAACCUACUCAUUUGCACUGCCUCAGUGAGCCACUCCUGGUGGCAGCACAUGCACUGGUGCAGUUUACAGCAGACCCAGCUCAAGAUGACUUACUUCUGGCUCAACCUGCCUUGAUACUCGGUAUGAUACUGGUUGACGCGGGCUCUACCAUCCUCCCUUGACAUCCCAGGCUUGAUCUGAGCAUUCUCACAUCACAUUGCUCUCCAUGCUGCCGGCCACACUUGCAUUUGCGCACAGCCAGCCGUAACGUGAUGUUCUGUUAGUGGUUCAAGGCAACCAGCCCUUAUGAACGUGCUAGGCAAUGCCAUAGCAGCAUAGCCGCCUCCAUCCAUGUCAUGUACCGGUACCGGUUACCGGUACCGGUUACCGGUACUGCUCUCACUGGUGUUAACAGCGGCACUUCGUGUACCGUACUUCUCGUCAAAGCUGUGUUUUUUAAUCUCCUGAGAUUGCUCUGCUGUGUUGAUCUUGUAUUGUAUCAUCGAGAGCUGGGCUGAAAGCCAUACUAGUA